CGGCCCCACUCUGCCAGGCUGAGCUACUGGGCGCCCGAAGCGAGGGGCCUCGGGAGGGACUACGUGCGCUCGCCCGCUCCGCUUGCGCCCACGCCUUCCGCUCCAAUUGCUUUCCCAACCGAGCGGAAAAGCCGGGGGCGCGUUGCCCAGGCCCUCGGGAGCGGGGCGGUUCGGCACUGCCGCCUGCAGUCCGCCGGCGUGCCCUCGCGUCCGCAGGCCGUCCGUCCAGUCACCGACCCUGCAGCCCCCAACUAGCCAGACAGGAGCCCACACUGAGUCACAGGAAACUAACCCAGGACCUGGUGCUUUGUCUGGCAACCAGUCAGCCCUGAGUAAACCUUCGUUGAAUGACUGAGAAGGCAGUGACUGAGGGAGUAGGGCUGGAGAGGGCAGCUCUACUCAUUCCACCCCUGCCUCCCCUGGGCUCCUGCAGGCAAAAGUAAUUAGGUUGAGCCUUUAAUCACAGCUGGCUUCACAGGCAGGCGGACAAGGAAGAGCAGGGAAAGGCAGAAGUCCUGGGGACACUGGGUGCUGGCCUGGCUCACAAGCACUGCCUCCUUCUGGGACCCCCCUCCCACCCCGACAACUUGGCAGUCAGUAAUCUCCUGUUUUCUUGUCUUUCUCAGGACACUGGGUUCCCUAGGAUCCUCCCCAGGCUUAAUGAUUGUCCAGAAGGUGGCUAUAAAGGGAGCCUGGGAGGCUGGGUGGAGGAGGGAGCAGAAACAGCCUACCUCAGCAGAUCUGGACACUGAGAGAGCAGCAAGCAGGAGCUGUGUGGUCAGAGGCUCUGUGUCUUGGCCGGUAGGGCCUGCUGUCUCCCACCAUGGCAGCCCAAGGCUACGGCUAUUACCGCACUGUGAUCUUCCUGGCCAUGUUCGGAGGCUACAGCCUGUACUACUUCAAUCGCAAGACCUUCUCCUUUGUCAUGCCGUCAGUGGUGGAGGAGAUUCCUCUGGACAAGGAUGACUUAGGGCUCAUCACCAGCAGCCAGUCGGCAGCUUAUGCCAUCAGCAAGUUUGUGAGCGGAGUGCUGUCUGACCAGAUGAGUGCUCGCUGGCUCUUCUCUUCUGGGCUGCUCCUGGUUGGCCUAGUCAACAUAGUCUUUUCCUGGAGCUCCACAGUACCUGUCUUCGCUGCUCUCUGGUUCCUCAAUGGCCUGGCACAGGGGCUGGGCUGGCCCCCAUGUGGGAAGGUCCUGCGGAAGUGGUUUGAGCCAUCUCAGUUUGGCACUUGGUGGGCCAUCCUGUCAACCAGCAUGAACCUGGCUGGAGGGCUGGGCCCUAUCCUGGCAACCAUCCUUGCCCAGAGCUAUAGCUGGCGCAGCACGCUGGCCCUGUCUGGGGCACUGUGUGUGGUGGUCUCCUUCCUCUGUCUCCUCCUCAUCCACAAUGAACCUGCUGAUGUUGGACUCCGCAACCUGGACCCCACCCCCUCCAAGGGCAAGAAGGGAUCCUCAAAGGAGGAGAGUACCUUAUAUGAGCUGCUGCUAUCCCCCUACCUGUGGGUGCUCUCCACUGGCUACCUUGUGGUGUUUGGAGUAAAGACCUGCUGUACUGACUGGGGCCAGUUCUUCCUUAUCCAGGAGAAAGGACAGUCAGCCCUCGUGGGUAGCUCCUACAUGAGUGCCCUGGAGGUUGGGGGCCUUGUAGGCAGCAUCGCAGCUGGCUACCUGUCAGACCGGGCCAUGGCAAAGGCAGGGCUGUCCAUCUACGGGAACCCUCGCCAUGGCCUAUUGCUGUUCAUGAUGGCUGGCAUGACAGUGUCCAUGUACCUCUUCCGGGUAACUGUGAACAGUGACUCCCCCAAGGAUGUUGCUUUCUGGACUCCAGCUCUUCACCCUCUCGCUGAGCUCACAGGCUUUACGGAGCACGAGCUCUGGAUCCUGGUCUUGGGAGCUGUGUUUGGUUUUUCCUCUUAUGGUCCCAUUGCCUUGUUUGGAGUUAUAGCCAACGAGAGUGCCCCUCCCAACUUGUGUGGCACCUCCCAUGCUGUUGUGGGGCUCAUGGCCAAUGUGGGUGGCUUUCUGGCUGGGUUGCCCUUCAGCACCAUUGCCAAGCACUACAGCUGGAGCACAGCCUUCUGGGUGGCUGAAGUGAUCUGUGGAGCCAGCACAGCUGCCUUCUUCCUCCUACGAAACAUCCGCACCAAGAUGGGCCGAGUGCCCAAGAAGGCUGAGUGAAGAGAGUGCAGGCUCCAGAGCAUCCUCCCCUACCUGUGGCCUUUCCCCUGCACAGGGGCCGGGGGAAAAGAGGGAAGUGGGCUGCUUGGGCCAGCACUGAACCUUUGACUUUCCUUUUCUUCUCCUUUUCCCUCACACAAGUGGCACUGGGAGUUAUCAGUGGCUAAUGAGGUCCUGGCUCCCCAUCCUACGCUCUAUUUAAGACAACCUUUGUUUUUGGACUCCAUUAGCUCCUAUUUCCUGACUUCAAACUGGAAACCCCUGCAGUCAGGGAAGCCUCCUAUACCCUUCUUCCUUUUCUGAGCCCUGCCCUGCCCCCAUCCCACCACCCCCAGCUGAGCUGAGGCUCCUCUUGGAGCUGCACAGCAGCAGAGGCCCAUGACUUCUACCCUAACGCCUCUCAGCAGGGGGCAACUGCUAUUAUCAAUACCUCAGACUCCAGGGGAAGAGAGGAGGCUAUCAUUCUCAUUGGUACCCUGGGUACUGUAGGGGGGUGUGGGUGGGAGAAUAGUAAGACUUGUUAUAUAACAUUAAAACUAGAUUUGAUACUAAA